GACAAAGAUCUCAACAUGUUCGUAGCAUUCCUGUUCAUACCCGUUGUGGCCGGGAACGUUUUUAUGGAAAGCAGUUUUCGUCGUAUUCCUGAAAUAGCCGAAAGACAGCACGGGCCGAGAAAAACCUACAUGCUAUUUGACCCCUGCAGCACGAACAAACCUGGAAACCGAACAAUAAGCUGUUCCCAGAUACAAAGGAAGAACAACAGCAAGAGCGGUGUAUAUACAAUUCAUCCUCUCUACAAUCCAGUAGAUGUUAUGUGUGACAUGACGUCCGACGGCGGUGGUUGGACAGUGAUUCAGAGUAGGACCAAAGACGACCCCAGUUACGCCUUCGAUAAAUCCUAUCAAGAUUAUGAGAAAGGAUUUGGAUCACCAGAAAAGUCAUUCUGGAUAGGAAACACGCAUCUUCACGCACUUACGAGUUUUCCAAACAACCAACAAGCUCUAAGGAUCGAACUGACAAGGAAAGAAGGGGACAAGCCGACCGUUGUGCAGUACCGUAAAUUUCACGUCGGAACCGAACAGGAGAAGUACAAGCUCACAACCGGCGAGUACGAUGGUCCUCCGGGUUACGACGCGUUGUCCUACCACAACGAUGCCAAGUUCACCACCAAGAACUGGACAAACGUUUACGACGGAGACAGCUGCUCCGGAAGUCAAAGUGGUGGCUGGUGGUUCAAGGAAUGCAGCAAGUCAAAUCUUAAUGGAUUCCAUUCCACCAUACAUCCAUUAAUAAGGGCCUUCAGUAUUACCUGGCACAUAAAAGACAAAGAUGAAUCCUACUAUUACACCUACCACAAGGUGGAGAUGAAGAUCAGGGACGCCGACUUUGGCUUCUGCACGGGCUCUCUAAAAUCCUAACUUCUCUUAUUUCUGAUCUGCGCUUCGGUGCAAAAAAGCACUAAAUCGCGCGGAAGUUAUCAUUUACAAUAUGCUCCGUGAAUUUCUCGCUUUUUGAC